AUGUCCGCACGGCCACUGAACGACGAUGAAGUCAUCACCGAGAUGAACAAGAUGGUUGCGUUCAUCAAGCAGGAGGCGAUGGAGAAGGCACGCGAGAUCCAAGUCAAGGCGGACGAGGAGUUUGCGAUUGAGAAGGCCAAGCUCGUGAAGCAGGAGCAGCAGGCCAUCGACUUCCAGUUUGAGAAGAAGCGCAAGGGCGCCGAGGUCGCGCAGAAAAUCGCGCAGUCAACGCUCACGAACAAGUCACGCCUGAAGCUGCUCCAGCUGCGCGAAGAGCACCUACAGGACCUCUUCGCCUCCUCCCGCGCGCAGAUCCUCGCCCUCGCCGCGGACGAGGGGCGCUACACGCAGUUUCUCCAGAGCGUGAUCGUGCAGGGCUAUCUCCAGCUGCUCGAGCCCGAGGUCACUGUACUCGUGCGCGAGAAGGACUUCGAGUUCGCCCAGCAGGCCGCGGACAAUGCAGCGGCGCAAUACACCGAGAUCAGCGGGCGCAUCGUCACGCCGACCGUGAAGCCCGCGCUGAGCAACGACAUUGCGGGGGGCGUGAAGCUCAUUGGCGGUACCAACCGAAUCACGCUGGACAACACGCUUGACGAACGGCUUCGGCUACUGGAGGACAGGAUGCUGCCAGAAAUUCGGAACAACCUCUUCGGCGCAAACCCAAAUCGCAAGUUCUACUCAUGA